ACCCCCCUGGACUGAGCGGUCCGGUCACUUCCGGUUCGUAGCGGCGGAGACCGGAAGUGCCUCGGAUCGGACCCGAAUUGCUGUGACACCAGCCCUGGCUGCGCUGCCUAGGGCGGCCCCGGCCCAGGUAAAUCCCAAGGAGAAGUCAGCACUAGCAGCCUUUGCAGUGGGACGGGGUCUGUACAGAGUGGAAGUCUGGGAUCCGGGCAGAGAGCAAGAUGGCGACGGGUGCAGAUGUGCGGGAUAUUCUGGAGCUGGGGGGUGUGGAGUCAGAGAACACGGGAACCAUCAAUAAGAAGGACAUCAUCAAUUCUGAUAAGAAAAAAUCCAAGAAAUCAUCUGAGACGCUGACAUUUAAGAGGCCGGAGGGGAUGCACCGAGAGGUUUAUGCACUUCUCUACUCCGAUAAAAAGGAUGCGCCUCCACUGCUGCCCAGUGACACGACGCAGGGCUACCGCACAGUCAAGGCAAAGCUGGGCUCCAAGAAAGUACGGCCCUGGAAGUGGAUGCCCUUCACCAACCCCGCGAGGAAAGACGGGGCGAUGUUCUACCACUGGAGGAGGGCUGCAGAGGAGGGAAAGGAUUACCCCUUCGCCAGGUUCAACAAAACGGUGCAGGUUCCUGUGUACUCGGAGCAGGAGUAUCAGCUGUACCUGCAUGACGACGCCUGGACCAAGGCGGAGACGGAUCACCUCUUCGACCUCUCCCGCAGGUUCGACCUGCGCUUCGUGGUGAUCCAUGACCGCUACGACCACCAGCAGUUCAAGAAAAGGUCAGUGGAGGACCUGAAGGAACGGUACUACCACAUCUGCGCCAAGCUGGCCAACAUCCGUGCGGCUCCGGGCACCGACCUGAAAAUCCCCGUCUUUGACGCCGGCCACGAGAGACGUAGGAAGGAGCAGCUGGAGAGGCUGUACAACAGGACUCCGGAGCAGGUGGCAGAAGAGGAGUAUCUGAUCCAGGAGCUGCGGAAAAUUGAAGCCAGGAAGAAAGAGAGAGAGAAGAGAACCCAAGACCUGCAGAAACUCAUCACCGCUGCCGACACCACCACCGAGCAGAGGCGAGCGGAGCGCAAGGCUCCCAAGAAGAAGCUGCCCCAGAAGAAAGAGACAGAGAAGCCUGCUGUUCCGGAGACUGCUGGCAUCAAGUUUCCCGACUUCAAAUCUGCAGGUGUCACACUGCGGAGCCAGAGGAUGAAACUGCCAAGCUCGGUAGGACAGAAGAAGAUUAAAGCCCUGGAGCAGAUGCUGAUGGAACUGGGAGUAGAUCUCAGCCCCAUGCCGACGGAGGAGAUCGUGCAGAUGUUCAACGAGCUGCGGAGCGACCUGGUGCUGCUCUAUGAGCUCAAGCAGGCCUUUGCCAACUGCGAGUACGAGCUGCAGAUGCUGCGGCACCGGCACGAGGCGCUGGCCAAGGCGGGCAGCCUGGGCCCCGUCGGCAUGGAGGGGGCCCGCGCAGACGGGCAGGCCGGGCUCAGCGUGGAGGAGGGCAAGGGAGACGCCAAGGACCAGAUCAUUGAUGUGGUUGGAGCACCACUGACCCCGAACUCGAGAAAGCGCCGGGAGUCGGCCUCCAGCUCCUCCUCCAUCAAGAAGGUGAAGAAGCCGUGAGCCCCGUCGGGUCAGCCCCAGGCCGCGACAACAGACUGACUGUGGGAGCCGGGCAGGGAGGGGCCUUGCCUGGGAAGGAAUCCAGCCGGAGCCGUUCCCGUCCCAGCACUGCCCCCCAGCGGGGUGAAGCUGGGCGGGCGGCUGGAGCCCUGCGAGUGGCCACGGUGGGGACUGACAUGCUGGAUUUGUGUCCCUGUAAAUACAGCCCUGGCCGCCUC